UCCGCCACAAAUCACAUGUAGCACACAACAGCGCUCACACGCACACACACGUGCACACACCACACCACACCACACCAAACCGCCACAUACAUGGGGACACCAACAUCCAUCCAUUGUGGAGGCAUCCAUCCAUCAUUGCCAACAAUCCAUGCUAGCCAUCCAUGUCAUGUGAUCUGAUGUACGUCGUUGCAACAAACAACACGCGAUCCGAUCGAGUGUGACCGAAAAAGUGUCAUACAUACAUGAUGCUAUGCUAUGUGUGUUAUGUGUGUCAUCCAUUCAUGGGGUAUGAAGCCAUCCCUCCCUCGCCCCUCACCCUCCCUCCCCUCCCCUGGCUCCCUCCUCUCUCCCCGGCCCGUUGAUGGAUGACCAUAAAGGAUUGCCAAUCCCUCCAUCCAUCCCUUCAUCCAUCCCUCCAUCCAUCUCUCACUGUUUACUGAAUGCAUGAAAUGGAUCUACCUAAUCUAUAUGUGCGGCCUCGUCGUCGCAUCGCACCACAUCGCCUCGCAUCGCAUCGCAUCAAAAGCCAUUGAUUGCACAUCCGCCGCGUCACCCGCAAGGUCAUUGUCACCUUGGCUGGUCGGCCGAUAAUGUGCUCAGCAGCACAUUUCAGACAGCAUCUCUCAUUCUUCUUCCACGGCACAGCGGCAUAAAAUGACGUGACGCCGCCCCCCCGCAACACAACACACACUCACACAACGGCUGGCUGACUGCCCCACGCCACCAACACACAGGGUAUGGUAUCGUCCCACACACACCAACCAAACCGAGACAAAUGCACCAAACACACACAGACGCGCGCCGCGCCCAGCGACCAAACCCACUUACCAAACAAACAAACAGCUGCCUUCCCCCGUCCCAUCCAUCCCACAUACCAUACCUUGUGCGCCUGGCCGUCUGUCUGUCUGUCUGUCUGUCGCCCUCAGUCAGAUUGGCAUGAUCUGUCCCCAGAUCCACCGGAUAACAUUGUCAGUCCGCUCCUUCUUCCUCUGCCGCUCCACCUUGCCUCGCCUGCCCCACAUCGACUUGCUCUCGUCGGCAACAUCCCUCCCGUCACACAGGUCCCGCCAGAUGUCCAGCCGCGCCCGCGAGGUCGCCUGGAACUGGUGGAGUGCGUCGAUGGGGAAGCCGUACUCGCGCGCCACCUGGGGGCCGUUGAGGCACGAGGAGGCGUAGUUCUCAAUGUCUUGCCGCCGGAUGGGUGCUCGCGCAUCGACGAUGAGUGCCCUGCCGCCGAAGGGGAAGAGGCUCGCCAGCACAUCGACCAGGUCGUAGUGCACCAGCACACGAGAGAUCUCCUGCAGAUCAGACAGAUGAGUCAGUCAGAUCAUGGGAGAGGCGAUAUAUGAAUCAAUCGUCCGUCCAUUGGCGGACACACAUUCCAUGUCUCGGGGUGCCUGCCUACCAUGUAUGGUGGCAUUUCGUAGAGCCUGGUCUCCGCGAUGAGGGCGUAGGAGGGGAUCUCGUCCACCAGCACCAGACUGAUCUUCGCACCCACAGACACACCCUCACCCUCGCCAGCACCCACACGGACAUUCGCCAUGUCCGCCACGGCAUGGAGCAAGGCGCUGCUCAGCCCGCCGCCAGCCACAAUGCCCGCAAUUGAACGCACACGCACAUCGUCGUCGGUGAAAGAGGCGAUCACCUGCUGGAUCUCCCACGCGUGGAAGCCCACAUUGGAGAAGCCCGCCAGCCGGGGAAUGGCGUCUGACGCACCUGGGGGGACAUUAGAGGCGGGGGGGCUGGUGGCGGUGACGCCGAAGCCUGUGAGGCUGACGAUGGCCACACCGAUGGGGCGUGUGGUGCUGUUGGUGGGGAUGGACGAGGGGUAGUUGAGGGCCUGGCUGGACUCCAGAACGUCAUGUACGUCAUGGCUGGCAGAUUUGACACCCGUCGGCCGAUGGUAGGUGUCAUACUGCCACUCCCAAGCGUCGAUCAUGACCACCAGGUCGACCUUCAUGCCCACGCCCACACGCCGGCUGCCGCCACGAUAGCCCGUCGGCAUGUUGUAAUGCGGCAGCCACAAGAGGAUGUCGACGACUCCCUUGCCGGCCGUGGGGAUCACCCACCUCUCCAUCAGGUGCUCUGGCCCCCACCUCACCGUGCCCAAAAACUGACGCAGGGGCGGCGAGAGGGAGAAGGUGGACCAGGACGAUCGGCGUAAACCCUGCAAAUCCCUUCUGGCCGCCAUCCUCUCUUGCCCGUGAUGCUGAUUCUGGGGUGAGGCGUGCUUCGCUUCAGCACGCGAGCCUCGGUGUGCGAGUGGCGACGGGAGGGGGGCUGUGCGGGUGUACUCCCCCAGGGGAAGGGGAUCGAAGGUGCGAGUGGAGGCUGCGGGGCCGAUACCGGCGACCUUGGCGACGGACUGGCGGACGCUCUUGAGCCACUCGACCAGCGACCGCUCCCAUCGUUUCUUUCCAUAUCUGAUGCGAUCGAGGUCGUGCCUCCGCGCAGCCGAUAUCUCAUGGAUCCACUGCGCCAGACCCCACUCGUCACGAUACGACGAGAACACCUGACCUGCGUAGAUACACACAUUCACACACACACACACACACACGCACGGAUACCCAGAUCCAUCCAUCAGUGCGCUCAUGAUGCACGUCAGUCACGUCACGUGUGCCUUUGUACCUGUCCUGGUGACCUUGAGCGAUCUGCAAGGCAGCGGCCGUAUGUCCAUAUCGUUGACGACAUAUCCGCUGGGCACCGGCAGCUCCAUCCCCUCCACCCACUGCAGCCGACGAUCCCACUCCCACCCAAACGACGACACACCCGACUCGUCGGAAUCAAUGGGCGACACAGCAGCCUCACCCUUGCCGCCUCCGCUGCUGCUGCUGCUGCUGCAGCCGCCACUGUGCUUGUCGGCGGCAUAGGGAAGGUCCCCCGCAAAGACCGACUCGCGCGUGACCAGCUGGUCGCUGUCGAGCAUGCCGAAAUGGUACAUGAAGAAGCCAUAGAGGUGCUCCUUGGUGUUCUUUGAGUAGCCGUGGGGCGCCAGUGCCGUCGCUGCGGUGAGGGGGAAGGAUGGGGGCAAAGGGAUGUCGAUGGAGUGGUUGGUGAGGGAGAGGAAGGCCGGGAGUGCGUCGCGUAGGGCCUGCAUGCCGCCCUCCAUUGGGAAGUCUUGGUCGUUGGAUGACAUGAGGACCUGUGUGGGCAGGGGGGCGCGGGCCACCAGCAGGUCGGGCUUGUCGAGACCUAUGGCGGCGCCACGCAUCCACUGCUGCUCGCUGUCGGAUGACCCCUGCCAUGACAAAUCUACCUCAAACGUGCUCAUCUGACCAACACAACCAACAGAGGGAAACAAAGGAAAAGAUGACGUUUGUCCAGCGGUGACGUGCGCGACGUGUGCAGUCCUUACGUAGUUGGCAAUCGAGGCCGCCUUGAUUCGGUCAUCGAUGGCCGCCACGUAGGCCGUCUGUGUGCCGCCCCCGCUGCACCCCGCCAUGCCGAUCCGCUUCCUGUCCACCUCGCGCCUCUCCAGCAGAAAGUCGACCGCCCGUGUGCCCUCCCACACCCACACGGACAGCGGCGAGAGGCCCAGGAGGAACAGCGGCGGGCCCAGAUAGUUGUGUUCUCGUGUGGGGGAGCCCCCCCGUGCGUUGCAUGUGCCGGCGGAGGCGUCGUCUGCGUUGUAGCUGCCGGUGCCUGCGUCGCUUGUGUGGGUGGCGGGGUUGAAGUACUGUAGCCGCUCACCCUACAUGGAUGGCAUGGAGCCGACAGAGUGACAGACAGGGAGGGAGCAAAGAUCCAUCAUGAGGCUGUCUGUGAGAGUUUCCUCCACCUGACCUACCUGUCCUGGUGGGUCGAAGGCGAAGACGAUGAUGUUUCUGGCGACCAGGUUGAGCAGCACCUCUUGUAAAUGGGACUCGCGGAAGGACGGGAUGACGUGGCCCGACGCGUAGAUGACAGCAGGACAGGGGUUGGCCGGGGUGCACUUGGCGGGGAUGAGGAGCGCCCCCGUGACGUGCAUGUUGGGCAGUGUCUGGUACACGAUGGUCUCGACGUCGAAGGUGAUCUUUCCGACGUCCGUGUGCCUGACGUGGGUCGUUCGGGAAGUGGCGCUGGCCUUGAGCUCGAGAGUGGGGAAGUACUCGAGGGGGUAGAAUAUCUCAUCGCGAAGCUGCUGGCGGAUGACGUCCCUUCGUAUGGCCCAGAAAGUGCUGUUGGUGGCCGACACGGACCGCAGCUCCUCCGCCCGCCGCCGCAACAGCUUGACGGCCGACUCGGUGAAAGUGCUCUGCAGGGCCCUGUGCGGAUCAUGCGCAUAGUAACGAUACCUGCACACACACAGCACACGAAGGGCGCGGAUCACGUCAGUCAUUGAUUGGCACAUGCAUGAUAUAUGACUGGCCUGAGGCCUCUUUCUGGUCUGGCUCUGUGUUGUCUGACUGACCAGCUGGUGAAGUCGGCAGGUCCCCUGAGCUCGAUAUUGACUAUCCGUCUUCUCCAUAACAAGACCGCAAGCAAAACCGAUGUGGCGGCGACAGCUAGGACGCCCAGCGUGCCGCCAAUCCACCACCACUUACCGCAUCGACAGCCGCAGCCGCCACAGGGCCUCCGUCUGUGAUGCCGUGGGUGGUGAUGAUGCCGGUGCUCAUCUCUCGGAUCUCUCGUGUGUCCGUGAGCGCCAGUGGGUGCAUCUGAGGUGGGUAGGUGGUCUGACGCUGUGCUUGUGCUGGCGGUGGUUGCAGAUGACCUCAGGCCUAGGAUGGGAGAACGCAUGGGAUAGUAGGCAUCUUCUGGGGACUUCAUUGCCGGCACCUAUGCAUAUCACCCAUCAUUCCCACCAGCUGCCGGGACAC